AAUUUAAACCGACGUUUGAAAUCCCGCCUUUUUAUUCCUUACGCCGCAAGGGUUCUCCCUCUUUCCUCGACCUUUUUAGGGUUUCGUUAUAUUUUUUUUAAAUUUCUCAAUUUUCAGUUUUUAGGUUUUCUGUUUUUUCCCCCUUCCUUUCAUCUCUUCGUUUCGAUCUCGAUCCGUUCGUCGCUAUGGAUUCUUUUGGUUCCGCGCGGAAGAGGAUACGGUCCGACGGUGCAUUGAAUGGAAAUGCCGGAUCGAGGCGGCCCAAGCAAGAAUCGGAGUCCUUUACAACUGGAAUAGGAAGCAAAUCGAAGCCUUGCACAAAGUUUUUCAGUACUGCUGGAUGCCCAUUUGGUGAGGGCUGCCACUUCUUGCACUAUGUUCCUGGGGGCAUCAAUGCUGUCUCUCAGAUGACCAAUCUUGGCAAUCCUGCUGUCCCUCCAAUUUCUAGAAACCCAAUGGUCCCCCACCAGACCAUUCCUGACGGCUCAUCUCCACCGACUGUGAAAACCCGCAUGUGCAACAAGUAUAGCACAGCAGAAGGCUGCAAGUUCGGUGACAAAUGCCAUUUUGCCCAUGGUGAGAGGGAGCUUGGCAAGCCCAUCAUUCCAUCGCAUGAGGAGCGCCAUCUGCCACCCCACCGUCGGGUCGAGCCUGCCCUUCCAGGCCUUGCAGCUGCUGCAAGCUUUGGUGCCUCCGCCACCGCCAAGAUCAGUGUCGAUGCCUCCCUUGCAGGUGCCAUCAUUGGGAAGGCUGGGGUCAACUCGAAGCAGAUCUGUCGCGUCACUGGUGCCAAACUUGCCAUACGCGAGCAUGAGACAGAUUCCAACCUUAGGAACAUAGAGCUUGAGGGGACCUUUGAUCAGAUCAAGCAGGCUAGUGCAAUGGUCCGAGAGCUGAUCGUCAACAUUAGUGCUGCCAUUGCCCCGACAAAGAACCCCCCUGGUGCACCGCCUUCGGCCCAAGGGAGCAAUUUCAAGACUAAGCUGUGUGAAAAUUUUGCAAAGGGCUCGUGCACAUUUGGGGAACGGUGCCACUUUGCGCAUGGUGCCAGCGAUUUGCGCAAAUCCGGAAUGUAAGCACCCUAUCUCUCUCUGUCUCUCCAUUGCUUCCCUCUUCCAUUGAUUUAGUUUUUGGGAACUGCAUGCCAAUCAAGUGGAAUUGUAGUGUGUAAGAGCUCUGUUUGAUGAUGCAAUACAAUGUUAAAACUCCUUUUAGAAGCUUGGGAUAUUUUGGGUUUCAACUGGCAUGUUUGGGCUGCAGGGGCUUCUAUUUCUAAUGGAGAAAAUUUUCAAACUC